GGAACAAAUACCUGUAACCUGAUGGUAUUUCAAGUAUAGCCCACCCACAGGACUCUGGCAGCCGGUUUCUGAACCAUUCCCAGCGCCAUACACCACACAACGAUGGGUAACCGCCCUUCAGUAUUUGUGCGCACACCGCAAGAGCACCUAGAGCAUAUGUGGAAACACGGGAGUCGGCUCCCGUAUACUUGUCCGCCUGGACACGUCCGCGUUUAUCUCCUCCCAGAAUGGACGCGUGGAAAAUCCCCGAUGAACGACCCAUGGGCUGCGCUUAAGCAUGAUUUUGCGCUUACGGGUACGGGGGAGCUGGAUUUUAGGGAGGUGAGGGUGAAGUGGGGGUUGGAGCGGUGUUUGGCGAUUGAUUUGGAGAGGAUGCAGCCGUUUGAGGAGAGGUGUAAGGGGAGGUUGUCGGGGCUUGCUUUGAAUGUGUUGGGUGAUUCGGACGGGGUUGUUUGGAUGUAUGAACCGACACCCUCUGAAGACACAAUAUCGACACGUGCAGACCGCCUGCGUAUUGUGCGGCAGUACGAUGCUGCUGUUGAGCGCAUCUUGGAUGCGACGCUAGGUCGCAUAUCUAAGCUACUCGAUAACGGAGUAGUGGGGGAAAGCGUGUCUCAUCAUUACCCCCAAUACUCCGGUGCUAACCCAGGCACUCUCGACGUGCCCCAGCAGGAGGACUCGGAGAAGGAGAACGUGAAGGAGGCCGACGGCACCAAAACCAAAACCAGCGCAACCCUAUAUCAACAGCAACGACAACUUGUGUUCCUUGCAGCACUUUUGUGGUUAUUUUUCUCUGGUGCGCUGGGUCGAUAUUCUCAGAUUGGGAGGGAGCUUGCGUUUGGGUGGUGAGCGUUUGUGGAUGUUUUUUUUGGUGCUGAUCUAUGCGUAUAUGCCUUUAUGAUACUAUGCAUUUCCUGCCGUUUUUAUAUGCGUAUGCUUUUAUGCUCUCUGUGAUUUGUAAAUAUUGUGUUUCUAUCAUCUCAUACUUAAUGUGCAUACUACGUGUAAUUUUAAAACUACAAUUUUUGUUCUUGACAUCACGGUACUCACCACCUCAGCCAAACUUCAGCCACACCCUAAGGUCCUUUGUGCUCUUUGUGAUG